AUGGCUGGAAAGACACGUAUUCUACUGGAAGCGAUGUUUAAUGUAUUUAAUACGAAUGGUGAAAAUUCUUUUAUAGAGCUUGCGAUGAUAAUACCAUUCAUACUUGGACGCUUUUUAAAACCUUGUCAUAUAAAAGCGGAGACUUUGAAUAAUUGGCUUACAACAUCUGGGAUAAGACAAAAUUCGGCAGUAUCAAAAUUAUGUAUGUGUUGGGCAAUUGAAGCUAAGGCACUAAAACUU